CAAAGAGCGACAUCCGAUGGGGGGGAGCCGACAGUGAUGCACGGGUCAAGCAGUGAGGAGUCCUACACAUGGAUGAACUGGGGGAGGAGAGAGCACAGCGAGGCUGUCAUGUAAGCCAUCUCCUCUGGGGCCACCUCUCGGCGCGUGCUGCUUCCUGCUGCAGGUAGAAGCCUCAGUGUUUCUGCGUAGCUGGUGCCGCUGGUGAGGCGUCAGGCUGUGUGCUCUCCUCUCCCUCCUGCUGAGAGAGCAACUCCACUCCACACUCUCCAGCUCCACUCUCCCAGGCACUGAAAUGGAGAAGAGCUGCUCAGAGUGUUCAGAGCCAAGGCUCGCUCAGAGCCUCUGUACCUUCUGCAACAAGUGGUUGUGUUACCAGUGCACAGAUAUGCAUCAGCAUCAGAGAGCCCCCACCGCCUCCCAGUACACAGACCUGCACCAGCAACCCAGGCCCACCACCACCACCACCACCACCACCGCCUCCGCCCAGUGUCCUGACCUGCACCAGAGGGGACCCAGCUCGCUGCCUGCAGCGGGACAAGGCCCAGGGUCGUAUCCUUGCUCCCUCCUCAUGUGCCACUCUCACAGACAGGAGCCCUUGGAGCUGUUCUGCGAGUCAUGUGACCUUCUGUGCUGUAGCAGCUGUCACCUGUCCUCCCACAAAAACCACAGGUUAGUGCAGAUUGGGAAGGCCCUACAGGACCAGCAGUGGCUGUUUGAGAGCCUGAUGGUGCAGGUGGAAGAAAGGAGGUCUGCGGUGGAAAACACUGCCAAACAGAUAGAGGACAGGCUUCACGGAGUGAAGAUCAUGCACAGGAAGGCUGAGAACCAGAUUAAAAUGGCAAAGAUGAUUAUGAUGAACGAGCUUAACAAACGAGCAAACCUAUUAAUAGAGCAACUGGAGAAGAUCUCCGAGGACUUCCAGCAGCGGCUGGAAGACCAGCUGCAGGGGGUCAUAGAGAUAUGCGGCCAGCUGGACCACGUGCAGAAGUUCAUCACCUGGGCAACAACGCACCAUGGCAGGAGCCCGGUGCUCUUCAGCAGGGCGCUGAUUUCACUGCAGAUGCAGCAGCUGCCUGAGCCAACGUUCCAUUCAGACUCUUGGGUUCCUGUCAAAAUCAAAUUCAACUGGGAUGCUAGUUACUGGACUAAGCAAAUUUCCUCUUUAGGCCAGCUGAGUGUCGAGGGAGGAAACUGCCCGUAUCCUCAGGGCCUGGCCUGCCCCAGUAUCCUGAGGCCGCAGCCUGUCACCUGCUUGGCCGUCCCCGCCGUGUGCCACAGAGGACGAGAGCAGGGCUGUGGCUACCAGGCCUGCUGCGAGCCCCAGAUGUGCUGCCUGCAUGGCAUUCCCUCUCAGCCAGAUCUCUCCAGUCUGGAGAAGAACCAGCUGGAAGCCACCCUCUACGAGUCCAGCUGUGUGCAGCCUCCCCUUAUCUCUGCCUCUCUGCACCAGAACCAGCAGCUGGCGAGGUGUUGGGACCCAGAGAGCCCCGCCGCCAUGCAGCCAUCCCUGCAGUGUCCUCCACCUCCAUCGCCUGCCCCGACCAUGGGGCCCAUCCAAAUCAGCUGCAGCCAUGGAUCCACAUCCCAGCUGCAGCCUGCCGCACCCCAGCCCGAAUCCCAACCUAAAUCUCAUCUGCAUCACCAAAGCCACGGGGAGCACAUUCUUGAAAGCCAGACACAGCCAAGUGCAGAGCGUACCAAGCCAGGCCAGGGCCAGUGUCCGGGAAAGCUGGUGUCCAGCACGGCUCUACAGCAGCAUGUUGGGCAGACAGCUGUGGACAGAGACAUAGUGACCGAGGAGAACUGGGAGGAGAGGCGGAGAGGGAAGCAGGCCCUUGGACAAACAGCAGCGGACGGCAGAGAGCUGUUGAGUUGGGAGCUGCAGCAGGAAAGGAGGGAGCAGACUCCUGUCCAACAGCAACAGCAACUCCAGGUUUCUGCAGCAGCCGAGAUGAGAAAGGAGCAGCAGGGGACCCGGCCUCCGCUGGAGCUCAGAGACUGCAGAGAUGGCAGGAGAUCCACUUCCCUGGAGAUGUCUGUGACAGCCUACGACUGUGGAUCUGACAUACAGAACAGCAGGCUCGGCUCGAGCACAGUGUGUGCGAGGAGGAAGAGACGCUCCCAGAGCAUCCCAGCAGAACUGGCAGCCCCAUCCACCAGCCUCUGCACUGAAAGGCCCUCAGGAUGCGCUCACAGCGUAGAAACAGCAGCUGCAGAUCAGUAUGCCAAUGUGGAUCCAAGGCAAAGGAGGGCUUCAGAUGGGGUGAUCCAGUGUGUUGCCAAGGAAACCUCGUCAGCCAUGCCCCGUUCCAGAGGCCAGUCCAGCCUGCACCUGUCACCUUUAUUGUCCUACAAGACAGAGCCAGAUCAUUCUUAUGGUUUUGUAAACGAAGAGACUCUUUAUGACACCAGAGACAAAUGCUGGAAGUCAAGAACGGGCCAAAAUGACAGCAAAAGGGAUGUUCAAAAAACUCCAGGAACUCCCAAGGUUCCUGUGGUGUGCUUAGAGCGGCUCAAAAUCCUCGUGUCUCGCCUCCCACCACACGGGCGACGGCAGAGUGACCCUCUGCCGGCCAGCGGGAUGGAGAAGAGUGAAGCUCCAUCACAGCAGAGAGUCUGGGGUGAUGGGGUGCCUGAGGGGACACCUGGAGGCCCUGAGACCAAGAGGACCACCCUCUCACUUGUAACACCACCAUACACAGAGCAUCACAGCCCUAGUCGCACACCCCCAACCAUCAGUGAGUUCCACAACCACGGGAGACUCAUAUCUCAUCUCAAAGGGGUUUCUCUGCCAGCUUCGUCCACUGACCCUAAAUACAUGUCUCAGAGGUACUCUGCUCUUGACCUGGACUCUGACUCCGAUCCCAGGUCGACCUCAGAAGUAGAAAUUGUUUCUGAGGCUGAUCCAGACUCUGACCCGCACUUGGACUCAGAUGUGUCGCCAGACUCUGACCCGCAGCCUGAAUCUUCAUCCGAUGUUGAACUUGAUUCUCCGGCUAAGGGAAAAUCCGCUGUUGGAGAGAUGGGGCCCUGUGAGGAAAUUGACAUUGCAGCGGAGUCAGAGCCAAGUAUUGAAUAUGAAGCAGAUCCGGAAUUGUACGAUGCGGGCGCAGGAUCAGAGAAUGGAGACGAGCUGGAUGCCGAUGUGGAAUCUGGUGACGCUGAAGCAGAUUCAGAUGUCCAGCCCGACUACGAUCCUCGUUUUCAGACUGAGUCUGAUUCUGACAUUUUAUCUGAUCAGCCUGCAGAUUCUCAGGGAUCUGUGGAGUCCGAGGCAGAUAUUGAAUCAGAACCUGAUCCGACAACUGACGACCCGCAGCCUCUUCGUUCUGACCAGGAAGAGGAGUCCCCCAUUGGUCCUGGUCAGAGGCCGCUUCUGAUUGCAAACCCAGCCCCACCAAGGGGGUGUGAGGAGACAGAGGAGGUUCAGCCUGAACAGGACAGUGCAGAGAUGGAGAGUGAGGACUUCUGUGCUGUGUGUCUGAUUGGAGGGGACCUGCUGUGCUGCGACCGCUGCCCCAAAGUCUUCCACCUGUCUUGCCAUAUUCCGCCUCUAUUAAGUUUCCCUACAGGUGACUGGGUGUGCAGCCUGUGCCGGGACGUCAUGCAGCCAGAGGUUGAGUAUGACUGCGAGAAUGAGAGAACAUCUGGGGAGCGCACAUCUGCACAUGGACUGUCUGCGUAUGACCAGCGAAAAUGUGAGCGACUGACUCUUUUGAUCUUGAGUAACAUCCUAAGUGCUCCCUUCCAUGAGCCUGUCAGCCCACUUGCUCGCCAUUACUACCAGAUCAUCAAGAGGCCCAUGGACCUGUCUGUGAUCAGGGUCAAACUCAACAAGCGGAAUGCAAACCAUUACUCCUCCCCUGACGAAUUUGUAGCCGAUGUCUAUCUUAUGUUCCGUAAUUGUGCAAAGUUCAAUUAUCCUGACUCUGAGGUGGCCCAGGCAGGCUGCAGCUUGGAGGCUUUCUUCAGCUCCAAGCUGAAAGAGGUGUUCCCUGACAGAGUUUUCCCCCUGGCUGAGGCAGACUCCGACAGUGACGAGUAUGAUGAAGCCUACAGGACCGCUGAGGGUGGUUUUGCCUGGCCGGAGAGGAGGGAGCAGUGCCACAGGAAGAGGAAGAGGAGGCACUCUCUCAACUCCAGGAGACAUCACUUCUAAUCCACGGUGAAUGGAGAUGUGAAUAUGGGAAGAAGCUGUAUUUCUGUCUAAUUCCACUCUUUUCUUCACCAGCCUAUAGGGCCAUAACAGUAUUUUCAUACAACAAUCAGAGUGUCCUAGUGUCAUGGUUUGCAUUAAUACUGCAGUACUGCCAUCCAAUGGCAGCAAACAUAAUGAAACAACCCCCCUUAUUUAAAACACACCUGAUGAACUGCACCAUCUUUUUCUACCUACGAGUGCAGAGAGAAGCAAACAGUGGGAGAACAGAUAACAAAACAGCUUUUAGGUUACAUGCUAUAGGCAACGCAUUUGCAACUACAAUGGUUGUGGUUGUUGGAAGAAAACUUAAAAGUUUGUUGGGCUGCAUUGUCAGCCCCCAAACUGCCUAUUACCAUGUAAGUAAGGUGGUGCUGUAAUUGUUACAGUCUUCCCAGCCUUUCAAUUGAUGGUUUGCGCCAGACACAUUUGGAGUUAUCUGCUGUAGUUUACCUACAGACCUCCUAUAACCAUGUACCUAAAACAAUAUGUGAUACAUAAAUUAUGCUGUAGUUGGAUUGUUGUCUAGAAAACUUGCUUUUGCCUUUUUUAAGUGGAUCUCUCAACUUUAUUUUUAGGUGAACUUAAAUGGUCAAAACCCUGAAUAUAUACAGCACUUUGAAAUUUGAUAUUGAUAAAUAUUUACCAAAUCUUGGUGAAUGUUUGACAUAUUUCUAUAUGUGAAACUAUAUAGAUCUUUAUUUUAUUAUAUUUGUCUUUUUCAUUUUAGUAACAAAACGAUUGCAGGCAAUUGUCAUGGGUUUAAUUAUCUGAUAUAGUUAUUUCUGUCUGUUGUUCAGUACAUUUUUAGAAAAGCUACGGUGAAUCCUGUUUGUUCUAGGUGCCGUUUUUUUCAACAGAGUGACACAUGGGGUGUGAAUGAUGGAGGGCACUCUAGACAGAGUCUACAGAGAGCUCAUUAUGACAUAUUGAUUUUUCAUGUUUUUUUUUUUGUUUUUUUUUAAGCGUCAUUGGCUGUAAAUGACUUUAAUUACAUAGACAUAAUCACUCACUGUAUUUUAUUCAAUAAUAUCAUAAGUGUCUUUAAUUUUACACUUAAUCAUGGAAUAGGUCUGCACAUAACAUUGUUAUUUCACCAGUGCUUAAGCAAAAUGUUUCCCUAUAAUCUAAAUAUCUCAGGCUUAAUAAGAGUGUAAAAUACUGAUAUUCAGCACUGAUAUUAAAAAAUGUCUUUGUUAUUUGUAGAGCUACAAAGUAGGGAAUUUUUUAUAUUCUCUGGAAUUAUAAGCAAUUUCAGUAUUUGAGUUUAUUAAAUUGCUUUCUGCAACCUAAGAUAGAUUUUGCCAGACUUUUAGAUUAAUUGCACAAAUUAUUGUCUUUCCACUCUUUGAUCAAUGUCAACAGUGGUAGGUAAAUGUAAUGUUAUUUCCUUUGCAGUCAAUGGAUGUGAUGUUAUUUCCUAUUAUAGGAGGGAAGAAUAAUUCCUGUUUAAUGUAUAGUUAUUGUAACUUUCAAAAGAACAGCCUGAUACUUUUUUCCUUUUUAUUUCUUUUUUUACUGUAACAGUCAGCCAUAAAUACU